AUGGAGCUGCUGGACCCUAAUUACAGAUGCGUGGCCAUUUGCAAGGUGGAAAAAGUACAUCCAGGGCUUCCCAGAAUCAAGGGCUCCACACCCUCUCUUGGUGCCAUUUCCAAAGCCCCAGAAGUUACACCUGCCACUAAGAUCAGUGAGGAGCUGGAUGCAGACUGGGAACACAGGUCACCUAGGAAGAGGGCAACGCUCAUCUUCGGGAAGCUAUUCCAGUUCCACGUGCCUGUCCUGCCCGUCUACAGUCUACUACUGAUCCCAGUCCUGCUCCCCCACCCUGCAGGCUGUGGCCUGAGUGUGGAUGGCUUCCAGAAGAUGCUGAUGAAGACAGGCCUGGUGCUGGUGGUCCUGGGCCACAUGAGCUUCCUCACAGCGGCUGUGCUGCACGGCACCGUGCUGCGCUACGUGACAGCCCCGCAGGACGCUGUGGCUCUGCAGUACUGCGUGGUCAACAUCCUCUCUGUCACUUCUGCCAUUGUGGUCAUCACCACGGGCAUUGCAGCUGCAGUGCUGUCCCGAUACCUCCCGAGCCACACCCUGCGCUGGGCAGUGUUUAGCUCAAGUGUGGCCUGUGCUUUUUUCUCUGUGACCUGUGCCCUUGGCCUCUUGGCCUCGAUUGCUGUGACCUUUGCCACCCAAGGCCGGGCAUUACUGGCUGCCUGUACAUUUGGGAAUGCUGAACUACUGGUGCUCACGCCUGACUGUCCCUUUGACCCCACACGCAUUUAUAGCUCCAGCCUGUGCCUCUGGGCCACCUCCCUCGUGUUCUGCGUGACGGAGAGUGUGUUUGCUGUGCGCUCUGUCCAGCUCAUGCACCAGCUGCUGGAACUGAGGCCUUGGUGGGGGAAAAGCAGCCACCCCGCAAUACAGGAGAGCCCAGAGCCUGUGGACAGCCAUGACCUGCUGAGCUGUACCAGCUUGGUGCCACUGACCCUCUGAGGAUCGUCAUACUGCCCAGCCCCUGGCCACUGGGACCUACAACCAAUCAGCAACAAUGAUCAGUGCCCAGGUGGACAUGGAGGCCCAGGCGGGCCUAGGACUCUUGGAGCUGGCCAAAGCAGGCUCAGUGGAUCCCUGGGCACCCAGGAGAGAUUCUCAAACUCCUUCCUCAACCACCCAGCCCACUGCACUGAAACGAGACUUUAUUCUGAAGUUAUUAAA